CAGCAUUGCCGUCGACCCACGCUUCCCAUGAUGCAGUGCAGAGUACACCCGGCGGGGACAUUCAAAAGUAUGGCAGAAGACCCAAAUAUAUUUAUACCGACAUCAAACUCUGAAGACGCGGAUGUUCAGUCGAGUAUUAACAGCGGGGGCGAUGAGAUAAAGAGGUGCCUUUCGUUUUCGUCGGAUAAAGACGACGGCAGCCUGGAGGAGGCGAAUGUGACAUGUAACGUUAAACUCUUACAAAAUGUUCCCGACGACUCACAUUCACACCGACCCGCUGCGGAGGCCGUGAAAACACGUUUAAAGGCGACAAACACCGGCGAAGUAAGAGACGCGUCCCCUGAACACCGACCGGAUUCGGGGGAGCUCAGUGGGAACAACACGGAAGACAAGGAAAACUCCACCAUGCCCUCCACAAACAUCCCUCCCGAUAACACCCAAGAAGAGGGCACUUCUGGUCAGAGAAGUUUGCAGGAUUCCAACGUGACCGCCAGUAAACAACAGAGUAACACAGAGGACAGGGAUGCUGAGGUGAUGAGAAGAGCACAGGAGGAAGGCCAUGUGAACGUGGACUUCCCCGGCACCGUGACUCAGGAAGGCUGCUGCCGCUUUGUCAGCGAGAUCCUCAAGUGCAUUCUCUAUCAGAGACAGCAGCUACCCAUGACGUAUGACCAGCUGGUGUAUUCUCAGAAGAAACAGCAAGCGUCGAUGCAGGAUAAAGACACAGUGAGUCGGAGGCCAGUGCAGUCAGCAGACAUGGACUGGCGUAAGUGUCAGCAGACCCUUCAGGAGCUGGAGGAGGUGUUGCAGCAGCUGGAAGUGCUAUUUUCCCUUAGCAGGGUUCCCCGUGUGCUACUGCUAAUGGGCGGCUCCCUCAUCCUCCCCAAAGAGCUGUAUGAGAUCAACAUGGAGGCUCUGGUAGUGGCUAGUGGAGAUCAAUGCCUGCGAGUGUCCGCAUGCUUAAGGCAACUCUUCCGCACUCUUUUCGUGGCUGACCUUUUGUCCGACACCAGACCUGUUCGUUUAAUGCCCACCACGGUCUUGGCGCUGGCUCACAGGGAUUGCGGCGUUGGUUGGUUUCGCCCUAAACUACAAUUUAAAGUGCCAACCCGUGUAAAGAACAAAGUUAUUGCUCUGUCUACUGAUCCCAAAACUUGUAAGGAACCGAGGGCAGAGGGGUCAGACUGGCAGGAUUAUGUGUGGUUCCAGGCACCCAUGACUAUCAAGGGCUUUGGCAAGUGACCCAAAAGGUUGUGGAGUGCAUAGCGUAGGUAUUGGAGCUCUUUCUGGAGCUUGUAUGCUAAAAUUAAAUUUUAAUGGUGGUAUAAGUGGUUUCUGAACUUGAUUUUUGAAUUGAGUGGUCCAUAUUUUAAUGAAUUAUGAGUUUAAUGUUUUUCUGCUUUAUGAUUAAAAGUAUGUCAAUUAAAACAAUAGUGGGUUCAUCGACACCAGCAGUAUGGUGUAUUACCGGUUUUUAUACUCUUCUGAAAUACUGAACGUGUUCUCCAGGUUUUGUUAAGGUGAUGAAAUCUUAGAACAUUGUGUGUUAAUGCUUAUAUGUAUGAAGAAUGUACAUGAAUGACAUGUUUUGCGUAAAAGAUACGUUUGUUUAGGACGUUAAAGACAACACACAUAAUAUCAGUGCAAUAUAUUUUUAAUCUGCAUAACUUGAAAGGUUUAAGGUUUAUUAUAUUGCUUUCUUUAAUCCAAUUUUUUAAUACAUUGCCAGUAUCAUCUGUGUAUAUGUUUACAUUUAUUAAAGCCUGAAAAUGAUUUUGACAGUGCUGCAAUUUUGGAGGCAAUCAAGCCGUGAGAUGGAUUGUAGUGUGAGCUUAGUAACAAGGAUGUAUAUUUGGAAUGAUCAAUCAAAAUCAAACACAACAGCAAUAAUAAAGAACAUUUGCACCACG